AGGUGUGUGGCUUGUCUGGCCUCAGCACCUCACCGAUGUCGCCACCAGCAGGCCCCGAUAUUCCAGAGAGAGCAGGGAACGCACGUUUGGCUUAGUGUGUGUGAUAAGCAGUAUUAUCAUAGGAAAUGUGUUUGGUUUGGGAUUUAUGAACAGACAGCCAAAUUGAACGUGUCCCAUACUUAGCAUUGGCAUCUCGGAAUAACGUGCUGGUUUGGAAGAAGGGGAGUUUUUGUUUGGAGCUUGAUACAUAAGUGGAGAUGUCUCGAAAGCAUGGUCACAAGGAUCAAAUUGGCUUUGUCUUUGAUGUCCAGUCCAAUACUGUGAUGGCCCAAGGGGGAUCCUAUGAGAAUAUGAAGGAAAAGAUCAAUGCAGUGAGAGCUGUUGUUCCCAACAAAAGUAACAAUGAGAUUAUCCUUGUGCUCCAGCAUUUUGAUAACUGUGUAGACAGGACUGUGCAGGCCUUUAUGGAAGGUAACGCUGUGGAAGUGCUGAAAGAGUGGACUGUACUUGGUAAGAAAAAGAAUAAGAAGAGGAAGGCUAAACCUAAAACAGAGGCACUUGCACCCAGUGCCACAGCAGAUGCUGGUAAAAUAGCACCUGGUGAUGGAGAACAGAAUGCCUCCUUCCCUGAAAAGGGUGGGGUAAACGGAUACCACCUCAAUGGCUCUACCAUUGAUACAGAGUCUGUUGACUCUCUUAGUGAGGGCUUAGACACGCUUUCCUUAGAUGCCAGAGAGAUUGAAGACUCUGAGCCCACCACCCCGGAUGUGUCCGAUACCCCAGCUUCUACAUUCCAAAAUGGCCGGCCAGAGUUGGAUUUGAAACUCACUGCCUCUCACCUGCCUCAGAGUUCCUCCAGCAAAAAAGCUCCAUCUGAUCAUAGGCACAGCAACAAAGCACGCUCAGGAAGCUUAUCAAGCUCCCAGUCUUUGGCAUCAUCAAUAGCAGACGAUGUCCCUUCGUCCUCAGGAUCUAAAAAGCUUGGCGCCAAUAUAGAGAAGUCAGUAAAGGAUCUUCAGCGGUGUUCUGUUUCUCUUGCACGUUAUCGCAUAGUGGUGAAGGAAGAAAUGGAUGCCUCUAUUAAAAAGAUGAAGCAAACCUUUUCUGAGCUGCAGAGCUGCCUGAUGGACCGGGAGGUGGCACUGCUUGCAGAAAUGGACAAGGUCAAAGCAGAAGCAAUGGAAAUCUUGGACAGCCGACAGAAAAAGGCAGAGGAGCUUAAGAAACUGACAGAUGUGGCUGUGCGCAUGUCUGAAGAGCAGUUAGCAGAACUUCGAGCAGAUAUCAAGCAUUUUGUUAGUGAAAGGAAAUAUGAUGAGGAAUUGGGUCGAGCCGCUCGCUUUACUGCAGAUUUAGAUUCCCUGAAAAAAAGUGUUGAAUCUUUUGGUCAAGUUUCCCACCCAAAGAACAAUUAUUCUGUUCGCUCCCGUUGCUGUUCUCUCACAAGUCCUAGUGACACCUCUGCUCCGUCCACUCCUGAGCUUUCAUCAACCUCCAGCAUAUCCUCAGCCAACAGGAAGCCUGUGUCUGCAGUAGAAGCCACAACAGCGUCCAACCAUUAUGGCACCCGUCCAGUCCAGCCACCUAGACAAGGUUUUCCAAUGAACAAGAGACAAGGGCAGGGCUUGAGACCUCAAGGCCCACGACAAAACUAUCACAACAACAUGAGAUACGAUAGCGGCAACAGGAACCGUAAUGCUUCAUGGUAUCAUUCCAACCCUCGAAACCAGAGCUUUCAGUCACAAGGCCCACGUCAGCCCAGUGACAAAACAUCUGCUCACCCCUCUGGAAUGAAUGGACCCACUGCCACUUCAGAGUCUGCCCAUACAGAAGUCACACAAUCUGAUACCAAGGCACUACCACAGCGCAAACCGAGGCCGAAUUUAGCUUCUGCAUCCUGAAACAGGAAGAGCACCUAGCCUCUAGUCUGCACUUUCGAUAUAAAAUUCCAUAACUUGACUUUAGAGAACUGUUAUUAACAAAGAGAAACGUUUACAGCCAGCUGUUCCAUGCCACUGUUUUCCUUUCUUUGUCUUCUCUAUAUACCUUGCAUUACCUUGUCUAUUUCUUCACGUUAGUUUUCAUUCAGUUCAUUGCUUUAACAGUAAGCUCUUUAACAAAUUUCUAUAUUAUCUCUAUAUUGCUAUAUUUCUCCAUAUUUACUGUAAGUGCAGAUGGAGUAGACAAGGUUAUUCCUAUUGCAGUGAAUGGAAAAUCAGAUGUUUCGGCUAUACUAUCUUCUUCAAUUCCUUUUUUUUUUUUUUUUUUUUACUUUGUAGUUCCCUCUAACAAAGUUCAUGGAUACCUGGCUACCAUUGCUUCUUAAGUUAGUUUAGUAAAACCUGACUCAUCAGAUGUUAUUUGGGAUUAAUCAUUUUUUGCUGUUGGUAAUCCCAAUGUUACUUUUGGCUCAUAUAUUAUUUUAUAUAUAUACACACAUAUAUAUAUAUAUAAUAAAAUAAUAUGUGCCUCACCCUUCACUUUCUCCAGUCUUCAAAGUGCCUUGUUUUUUGUACUGGUGUCUGCAAGGUUUUCUUAUUCCCUUUCUCUUAUUCCCUUUCUCUUUCACAUUCCUCUGAAAGCCUUCCUCAAUUUCCUCCACUUAAGCCAGAAAGUCACACUGUUGGUGGGAACACAAUGUAAUAGAGACAGAUCUACUAUCUACUCUCAACAUCAGCACGCUGAAUAAUAGAGAGAAAGAACUCUGUACCAGUAGUGAAGAAACAAAUAGCAACCACUUUACAAUUUACCUUUUAAAUAUUUGGUUAGCUUGUUCAUUUAGAAGGCCAACAAUGUCUGAUACAGGAUCAGGUCGGAAUGUUUUGUUCUGGCUGAAAAUGUAUACAUUUCACUUUCCAACCUCUUACUGCUCAGGAACAGAAGCAUUGUAAAAUACAUAUGGAGCCAAAUUAAGUCUCUCUUCUUCCUUUCUUGGUCCUUUUGCCAAGCAAAUGUGUGCGUGGACCAAAGAGUAACGUUGCGCUGUCCGUAGUUGACUGCAAAGGGCCAUUGUGGCUGCACAUUUCUCUAGGAUCCUUUGAACAACCCUAAGGCAGUGCCCUGUUCCUGAAUGCUCCAAAGAUGCAACUUUCACCAAUGUUCAUGUCUCUGUUUUCUCUUUACAACGUUUGGGGGAAAUAUGUAUGUUUCUGUUUUUAUUUUCACAUUGCCACCCAUACAUUAGGAGUAUAUGCUCCAAGAGCUUUUGGUUUUGUACUAUCCAAUGCAAAGCAAGAUUCAGUGCAACAAAAUGCAGAAUUGGGUUGCCUGUGCGUAAGAAUGUACCCUCAGGGCGGUAUACUUCCACAGCAAUGGUGGCUCUAGUUACAGAUAGAAUCGAAGCAUUUUAGUAAUGUCUUCUUCAUGCAUAUAAUAUAACAAAACAUGUUUUAUAUAUUAGUAAUAAAAUGACACCCGCAGUCUAGAAAGGGUUAUAAUCCAUUAUCUACAGUUGCCAUAGAGAUGAAAUUGUUUUUGCAUCAUAGUACUAUUGCUCUGUCAGGAAUUAAAUACCAUGAACGUGGAUCCUGUCCCUUUAACUAUAUUAUUAUGAAGAUAUACCUGUAGUGCUGUAAUCCAAUAUUAAAGGGACGUUCUGGUUUUGGGAAUAGGUGGCUUUCUAUGUUUAUUGCCUACCUAGUCAGGAGACUGUCCUUAUUAAUCUAUAACUUGAAUUUCUCGAGCAAUAUAACCAGGGAAACAAAAUGGUGUGUGUGUGAUAACUGGGAGUUUAGGUGCUCUGUGGCAAUUAUGGGAAAGCAAUAAUGUGGCUUGUCAUGCAAGGAGCUUCAGACACCACUAAAGUAAAUAGCAGACUGGAUGGAGGGUUCCAGUGUGUGUGUUUACCAUGUUAAAGUUUUAUCAUCUGAAGAGUUAACUUUAUCUCAACCUGAAAAUGAUCUGUAAUAUUUGUUUAGAUAAGAAUUGCAGUAAUUUAAUGUUAUGUUAUAAAUAUAAUAUGCCCUUCUCGUAUAGAAAAAAAUGGCAAGAUUUCAUUUUACCUCCUUCUAUUCCUAUGGCUGUAGCUGCUUAUAUAAUGAAAAAAAAUAUUAGGCAUGAUUAGCAGUUCUUAUCUAAAAUACACUUGCUUUCUUUAAAGGCCAGGAAAAUAAGAAAAGAAACAAAAGAAUUGAGCUGGCUACACAUGGGUCCGGGCACACAGCUGCCUGCUCCCUAGCCCAGUUCUGCUGAUCUGCACUAACCAGUACAGCUUUGGAUUGUACGCAGGUACAAGGAGCAGAGGUCAGCCCAGAAACACAAAAGACAUUUUUGGGCUGACCUCUGCUCUGUGUGACUUCAUGCAAGCAGAAGCUGUAUUUUUUAAUGCAGAUUAACAGAGCGUGUGAAGGUGGUGGAUCCAUUUCAGUCUGGGGAAAAAAAACAGCUUUAAAAGAGUAGCGGAGCCAAUGUCCUUCUGACCAAUAUCUGCCCAAAAUGAGAUUGGGUUGGUUUAAAAAUCCCAUUGGGGUGAGGAACACACUGGCUUGUUGAUGACUUUACCAGAUGCCUGUUUUACUACACUGUGAUCUGUCAGUUUGGCUCUUGGGCCAGACAAUCGGAUCAGCCCAGUAUCACCUACCUCAAGGUGGGCAUACCUCUAAAAGAUCUGUUUCCAAAUGAGAGGAGCUGUACGUGUAGCUUUAGCAUGAUAUAGAGAAGCAGAGAUCAAUGUGAAAUUUUUAGGCUGAUUUCCAGUUUCAUUCUGCUCUAUGUAGUUG